GUUAACAACUUCCACCCGCUUUGCACACUUAUCAGCCGUAACUACUAGUGUGUGGCUCAUAAUUACGCCUGCGAAUCACGCGGUGAUUCGCGAAAACGUUUCGGUAGAGUACAUACCGCUCGUUUCCGACAUACGUUUCGUUUCAGGACAGGCGAGGAGUGAGGCGAGGAGUGAGGCGAGGAGUGAGGCGAGGAGUGAGGCGAGGCGAGGAGUGAGGCGAGGAGUGAGGCGAGGAGUGAGGCGAGGAGUGAGGCGAGGAGUGAGGCCCGGGAGUUCCAAACCCGCAAUCGUAGUCCUCGAUAUUAUUACUUCCUCCUUCGUCUUCCGUCGUUUAAUCAAUGGCGGCGAGUGCGAACCCGCCGGUCUUAGACAUCACUAUUGACCCGGCGAGCCCUUUGGAAGCGAAGGAAACGGCCGUCAGGACCAUAGCGCACAGGCUGAUGCCAGCGUGGCAGCAGCUGCCAGAGACAGCCUUGCGAGUCUCCACCAUCUCAGGCGGCAUCACCAACCUUA